AUGUUUGACAUUCUCUACAAAAUUCAUAAACUUCAUAAAGAGCAUUUCGAAAUCAACCGUAUAUGGACAAAACUAGACGAACUAAAUCAUCAAUAUGCUAACGACGUCGGUGAUCAAGCAGAAUUCUUCCGUGUAGUUGCCACACUUGUCAAUGAACGAAAUGAAACCAUUGAUCGUGAAGAAUUAAUUCUUCAUUAUCUUAUUUCGCAAUAUAAACAUUUGUUUUAUCUUGUCUAUUCAGAUUCAAAUCAUCGAUCUGGUUAUGUUUACCAUCUUAUUAUGGUCUUCGAUUUUAAUUAUUCAAUUGCUAAUUGUUCACCAACAUCUGUUGUUUGUUUAAACAAUGGACAAUGUCGACAAUCGUUAUUAUCAUCAUCGAAAUUAAUCUUGGCAUGUGCUUGUCCCAAACGUUACUAUGGUGAUGCAUGUCAAUUUACGACAUUAGGAUAUACAAUAUCAAUUGAUGCAUUGAAAAUUAGUCGUCUUUUAAUUAUUCUUUGUAGUUCAGUUUUUAUCUUUGCUACUUGUGCAAAUUUUCUUUCCGUUGAUCUAUUUUUUCAAGACAAACUUUCAAGAGUUGAUUGUGGUCUUUAUCAAUAA